AUGUCAGAUAAUGUUGGAAAGGCUGCUCUCAAAAUUCAGACCUAUGACCCAAAAAUUGCAGUUUCAUAUAAAAAACAAGCAAUAAUUGAUGAUCAACCCUGUGUACUAUGCGUGCUGGAGACUGCAGGACAAGGGGAACACGUGCCACUUUGGGAUCAAUUGAUCAG